CACACAGAAUAAUUCUUUCCUGUUCUUCUUUCUAUUUUAUGUCUUGUAAAUAAUGAGUAGCUAUCAACAUUUAAGAGAAAACUUAACCUACAUUUACCUCAAACAUCAUAACAUGCUGUACACCAACAAAGCCUUUUUGUUUUUCAUCCUCAUUUCUCUUCUUCUCUCAUCCCAUUUUCUUUGUCUGGUUUCUGCUUAUUCUUCUCAAGAUGACGAUGAAACUCCAUUCUCCUAUAGUGAAAAGACUGGUAAAGGGCCAAAGAUGUGGGGCAAGAUUAACCCCAUUGGCGAGCUUGUGCAAAUGGAAAAAUGCAGUCUCCAAUUGACCUUGUUAGCCAAAGUUUGAAAAUUGCACCAAGUCUGGGCGAAUUAAAAAGAGACUACAGUUCAGCUCCUGCUGUUUUGCAUAAGGGACACUUCAUUUCAGUAAAGUGGAAAGGAGAUGCAGGACAAAUUAACAUCAACGGAACUUACUAUAAACUGGUUCAGUGUCACUGGCAUACCCCAUCUGAGCAUACUUUUAAUGGCUCAAGUUAUGCCUUGGAACUUCAUAUGGUUCAUAUAAGCUCUGAUAAGAAGAAAGCAGUGAUCGGAAUUGUGUACAAAUAUGGCCGUCCUGAUGCUUUCCUUACAAGGCUUUCCCCUUACAUAAAAUCACUAGGGGAAAAGGAAGAAGAAAUAGAAAUAAAAAAUGUUAAUCCAGGAAUGGUCAAAUUUGGUAGCCGCAAGUACUACAGAUAUAUAGGCUCACUCACAACGCCUCCUUGCACUGAGGGCGUGAUUUGGACUAUAGUGAAGAAGGUGAGGACAGUUUCAAGGGAGCAAGUAAGAGCAUUGAAGGAAAAAGUUGAAGAUGGAUUUGAGAAAAAUGCAAGGCCAAUCCAGCCACUGAAUGGAAGAGCAGUUUGGUUAUUCAGGCCAUGAGAGAAUUGCUGAGACUGAGAGGUUAAUUUAUGCAGUGAUUUUUAUGGAAGACUACAAGAGAUACUUCACCGCCAUUAUUACUGCCUAAAAAUUUGGUUUUUUUUUUUUUUCUCAUCCUAUGCACAUGUGAUGUCUAAUCAAAUCAGUAUGCAAAGAGUUAUAUCUGAGUUGUUUACCGUUUUUGUGA